AUGUCCGCACCAUCCGGCGCCCUUACAGCCUCGGCUGUGUCUUUUGUUCUGCUUUCCAUUGCUCACACUAUCGGCGGCAAAGAAUGGCAAUCCGACAAAGUCUUCAAAAACAUCAAAGGAAGCCGAGCCUGGGCCUGUGGAAAGGUCGGCUGGUACCAGGGAAGCGCAUUCCUCUUCCUCUCCGGAAUCCUACACUACCAAUGGUCCCGCAACCCAUCUGCCCUAGCAGAUCCCUUGAACAAGGCCAUGGCGGCUAUCAUUAAUGUCUUGCUUUGGUCUAGCUCGGCUUGGUAUGCUAAGAAUGGGAUUUUGCCGAAUGUCGUUGCUUGUGGGUUGGCUGCUUCGUUGCAGGCUUUUGGCGUUUUGAAGGAGGUGCUUUGA